UUAUUAUUAUAUUACAGUUCAUACUUUGCCCCCACACUCCCUCUUAGCAUAAACCCUAAUACUGUUAUGAUAAUCCUAAUCAAAUUAUUAGGCUGAGCUAUAGUAUGUUAUCUAUAGUACUUAUCUCUCGUUUAUAUGGUAUGAUAACCCUUUAUAAACACCAAAAGUAAACCAUACUUGUGUACGGUGCCCUGCUGCUCUUCAGAUCCCCGGAGUGUGUUUAGUGUUUUUGCCCUCUUUUCCCUCUUUUUCUGGACUUGCUUUGCCAAGUGGCUGUUGUCAUAGUAUCAUAGAAUGUCUGAUGAAGCGUUUGACAGGUUUCCAGAGAAGGAGGAGGCUGGCAUUCCUCUCUCACCUUCCUCGAGCAGCUCAGUGAGCGUAACAUCACCAAUGAGAAAAGCAAGCGCUGGAGACAAAGGAAUGGCUGGCUCUACAGCCGUCAUAGUCGACCUGGAGACGACUAAAGUGGACUUUACGGAGCUUCCACCGCAGAAGCUUCUUUGUCCGGACUGCGGGAGGGUCUACAGGGACCCGCAACUCUUCUCUUGCUGCAAAGCUCGUUCUUCUUGUCGCACGUGCAUACAAGGCCUGAAAGAAGCAGAAGGAGCCUGUCCUUCGUGCGGAGAGAGCUCUUGGGAGAGCGAGGCUGACGGGGAAACACAGAGAAAUGUGAACGAGCUCUAUGUUCGCUGUCUUCACGUAAGUGAUGGCUGUCUUUGGUUCGGGCACUUGGAGCAUCUCCCUCGCCAUAUAGAGAGGGGAAACAAGUCUGGCUGCGUCUUCAUAAAGCUCCCUUGCCCUCACGACUGCGGAGAGAAGCAGCCGAGGAAAUUCCUGGAAGAUCACGCUAAGAACAAGUGCCCAAACCGUCCCUACAAAUGCGAGUACUGCAAAGAAGCUGAGGGAACCUACAAGGAGGUUUCUACCGUUCAUUUUCCCACUUGCCCUCGCUUUCCACUCCCCUGCCCUAACAAGUGUCCCGAGGGCCCUAUUCCUCGUUCCUCUUACGAAAAUCACAUCAAAAACUCUUGCAAGUAUCAAGAUAGUCUUCCAUGCCCGUUGGCUGCAAUUGGCUGUACGGCUAAAAUGAGACGAGAUAAAAUCCCGAUACAUCUUGAGAAGGGUGUGGCAAGUCACAUGACUCUUCUUGCCGAAUCGAUCAUCAAAGGAAAACAAGAACUGGAGAGUAAGCUUGAGUCACUCCCACCGCCUCAAACUGUUGUAGCCCCUCCCCCAACCCCGCCCCCUCAGCCCCUCAAUACUGACGAAAUUGACGCUCAUUUUGAAGAACUCCUCAAGUCAAAAGACGACGAGAUAUUUAAAUUAAAGCGGGACCUCGCACAGCUGGCAAGAGAGAAAGACAGAGAGACAAGAGAGCUCCAGACAGCACUGGAUAAAGCUCAGCGUACUUUAGAAAUGCAAGAGAAACGACUCUCACUUGCAGAGCAACUCUCACACACCCUCACGAGAGAUCUAGGGAUUUUACGUCAGUUCAUUCCAAGCCCCCUUCCCCUUACUUUCACUAUUAAUAAAGUAUCUCAGCUAUGCCAGUCGGAUAAGUGGUGGUACAGUCGGCCAUUUUACUCUCACGUUGAAGGCUACAAGUUUGGCAUGUUUGUUUUUUGCAACGGAGUCCUUGACGGAAAGGGAACCCACAUGUCUGUCUUCUUGUACCUAGUCCGCGGCGAAUAUGACGAUAAUCUGGAUUGGCCGUUCCGUGGGAACGUUACCAUUCAGUUGCUGAAUCAGCGCUCCGACCGCCAGCACUACCAGAAGGUUAUACGUUUUACAGACGACACACCCACUGCUGUUUGUAACCGUGUCGUCGAUGCGGAGAUGGCUAAAGAAGGCAACGGCCCAACUCAGUUCAUAUCUCAAGGAGACUUGACUUAUAACUCAGAGAAGGACACUGAAUUCAUUCGUGACGAUUGUUUAAAGAUUCGUGUCGCUUCCGUCUCCCUGAAGACUGCCGCCCCACGUACCCCAGCCCCUGGGGGUGGAGCUAAUACGGGGACACUCUCUCGUAAUCUCCCUAAGGACUCUUUGCUUAUUCAUGCUCAGAGUCAGAGCGUUGAUUCAAAUGGAGAUAGUUUGACAUCGCCUGUAGCAAAGUCACCGUCUUGCCGGACCUCUUCCACUACGCCUGUUGAGAAUGGGCAUAGCUCUUGAGUAUACUGGAUCAUAGUCAGUAUACUACUCAGUAAACUAAGUAUUAUAUACUUAAUUAAAAUUUUUAUACCAAAAGCGUGUGUGACUAAUAUCCCUAUAUCCUUUCAUCAUUAUAAUAAUUAGUACUAUUGUUAUUUGAAUUUUUAUCGAUUAUUGUUUUUGUGUCAACAUGAGUUGUUAACAAGCAUGUAUUAGUAUAUUUGUCAUCAUUAUUUGGUCGAGUGGCUAUAUAUUAUAGUAGUUGUUGAUGUGUUAUUACUAAUCACUAUGAUAUUGUAGUCUGGAAUGAUAAUUAACUUUAAACGA